AUGAGCGACCACAUGUCGGACGACUUGCUCUGGUCCCUGGACAACUUGAUCAAGCAAGACACCAGCGCUACGAGCAAUGACGACGACGACGACGACCUCGUGCGUACAAGUUUCUUUGCACGGGACAGUUCUCUCGGACACUCGAUGAUCGGCAAUGACCUGGUCUUUGGCCGUCGAGAAUCUGUGCGACUGCCGCCUCCUCAGAACCGCGAGACGAUCACCAGUAGCCGUAGUGGCUACGGACGAUUGACGGGAUUAGUUGGCUACGGAAUUGACGAGGACGAACUGACGGACGACGAGACAAUUGGACCAAUCGAAGAGCGAGUUCCUGCUACGUUGAGCUCUCAACAGCCAAUUGCCAGCAGCAGCUACGCCAGACAGUCGUCGAUUCGAUGCAGUAUCAGUGAAGGCACGGACCGGUCUCUUUCGUUUGCUUCGGAAGAAGGACUGAAUGCGAUGGACAACAGUUCGUCGUCGUCGUCAUCAUUUACGAAACGAACUCGCUCGGCACGGCGAUUGAGUGACGGCGAUCAAGGGACGUACGAACAGCGGAUUGAAGCUUCUCUUGCUGGGUACAUUACGAAAUCCUUGAAUGUCGAGUCCCGCAUUGCAGCGGAAGCGCAGUUGACUCGACAAUUUACGAUCGACGAUCUUGGCUAUUUUUACCCGCAAUUUGGACGGGACAUUUAUCUUGAACGACUUGGACGCAGUUUACAAGAUGAAGAAGGAGGUGAGAAAUCGCUGGCAUCGUAUCGUCGAUCGACGAUGCAGAGGAUGUCGACGGCAGAGGAUAUUAUCCGACAGGGAUGGAUCUUUAAGCGUGGCGAGGUAGUUCCGAGCUUUCGAAAACGCUGGUUUACGCUGCGUCGAAUGCCGCAAGGACCGAUGCUGACGUACGCAAAGGACAGUAACGAGGAUUCACCAACUAAAGUAGUCGAUCUUAGCUCGACAUCUCGCUGCAUGGUUGUUACGGGCAAAGGUGCUAAGGAGCAUGAAUUUAAGGUCGUGACGUCUGCUGAUUCUUCGCAGCGUGAAUUCUGCAUGUUAGCGGCAUCGAGUUAUGAGAUGACUCAGUGGGUGUGCGCGAUUCAAGCUGCAAUCAACUCGGGGAAUCGCUCUACGUUCGAUGGUGUGAAUGAUUUCCAGCAGCUGUGGCAUGAAGCCGGUAUCCAGGGAUUUCUAGUUCGUUACGGUGUGCGUAAGUGCAGUUCCCGAAACCGGCUUCAAACCAGGGUGCUGGAGCUAAACUUUGCUGAGCAGACUCUUACCAAUUCUAGGAGAGGGGAGACUCUCACAACGUUUCAUUUUACGGACAUUCGUGGCAUAUCAGUGAGUAGUGUGUGCUCCCGUGGAGAGGAGUAUGGCAUCAGUAUUGAUUUUCAUGGACGACAUCGAUCUUGGCCGAUUUUCUUGGAUACUAGGGAAGCACGUGAUGACUUGUUUGCGAUCUUGAAACGGAUCGUGGACAACGUAGUAUCAGGUGACGACCUUGAAAAGCGGUCAUCGCGCUUAACACUGAAGACUGGCCGCGUUGAGACUAAAAAUGCUGGACCUCAUGCCACUUUGCGUGGCCGCCUUCUUGUGUGUCUGCAUGAAAACUGCAUCAUGUUUUAUCCAGCAGACGGGGAUGCCAGCACGCGGCCGUGGUAUGUUGUUGCCCUGAAGGGUCUUCGUCUCGCGGUCCGAGAAGAAAAGCGUCUUCUUUAUAUUAGCCGGUUGGCGUUAGGAUGCGCGUCCGCCGCCGAGUGUCGCGCCUGGUAUGAUGCUAUCUCAGCGGCAAUGUGCCUGCCAUCGGAGAUUAUUGAAAUUGAGCUGAAGGAGCGGGCGAAAAUCCGCUCCGUCUUUCAGUCGUGUGUGGCUCGGCUGCGCAAAUUGCUCAAGGCCAGAGUGACGCCUGAGUCAAAUGGCCCACCAAAAGACCAGAAAACGGUGAACAUGAUGAUCAAGAAACUUUGGCAUCUUGUCUUUCCCGGAGAGUCGUUUACGUCAAAUAAUGACCCAAAGUGGCUCGAGAUUGGAUUUCAAAGAGGAGGUCCGGCGUCUGAUCUUCGUUCAAGCGGUCUACUUGGAUUGUACUGUCUUAAUUUCUUCGCUGGAUACCCAUCGAGUGAGUUUCAGCGCAUAUUGGAGCGCACGCGGCAUGGUGUGAGUGAAGGCAACAUGAAAAAUUAUCCGCUGGCUAUUGCAUGUAUUAACGUGGCGUCGAUUUUGACUGAGACGCUCGGUUUGGGUGAUGCUGGAACGCAUUCGGAAGGUUGUUCGCCCAAUGCUAUGAAAGUGUACAGUCACUUGAUCGCGCAAAGUGUCAGUGAGUCACGGUCUACCAAGCAAACGAUGACGCAUUCGUCGUCUCGGCCGUUGAGUGCGUACAAGUCCUGGGAAGAUGUUGUCGAUGAAGCGGAGAAUCACGUGUUUGAGAUCAUCUUUUGUCUUCUCUUUCCGGUCCUGGACUCGCUGUUUGUCGAAAUGGGAGCGGGAUACAUGGAGUUUGGACAAGUCAUCACUGCGUUUCGAUGCCGAGUGAACACCAUCUUCAAUGCUCAACCAAAAUCACUGAGGGAGCUUCAGAAGUUGGCGAGUGAGCCCUGUACCGACACACUUUCAGUGCCAUCGAUACUAAGCAGUAGGCACACAAUAGGCAAGAGUAGUAGGGGCAAGAAAGUUGGAGGUAUGUUGCGUAACGAAAGCAGUCGAGACUAG